AUGGAGCUUUUUGUGAAGAAACAUGUCAAGUUCAUGGACCGUCAUUUACGGUUAUUGCCAGCAGAGUAUCAACAACAUGACCCUAAUAAAAUGGUUAUAAUCUAUUACGCAAUUGUAGGAAGUGCAUGCUUAGGCGAGGAUGUAGUUGAAAAAUAUGGUGAAAGCAUUACAUGGUUGCACUCGCUUAAUAUGAAAUAUGUGUUAAAUGAUGGUACUAGAAUAUCAGGGUACUUAGCUAACGGGUAUUUACGGUCAGCUGAAGUGCCAAUAAUUAGCCUUUCUAACACCCUCUUCGCAGCCCUAGUGUUUCUAACACUGGGAGACUAUGAAUUCUUUGAAACUAAUGAAAAUAAAGAGUCACUCUGUGCAUUUGUUGGUAGAUGUCAGUUGAAAGAUGGCUCGUUUGUUUCAACCUUAGAUCUUAAUCAGGAAGGUAAAGCAUCUUCAACAGAUUCCAAAGAUCUGAGAUUCUGCUAUAUGGCAGUAUCGCUACUGCAUAUAUUGGGUUGCAAUACACUAGACGACUAUAAUAAGUAUAUUGAUGUUGAGAAGCUGUUAAGUUUUGUGAUGUGUAAAUGUUGCGCAGAUGGUGCUUUUGGUGACUUUGGCGAACCGCAUGCAGGGUAUACUUCUUGCGCAUUAUCGUUGCUAAAACUACUCAAUAAACUUGAUAUUUUAUCUGAAGACUUCAAGACUAAAACCAUUGAUUGGCUUGUACAUAGACAGGUAUCUGCCACAGGUAUGGUUCCAUUACCUGUCGAUAACGACAAUUACUACAUGGAGGAUCAUGGUGGAUUCCAAGGAAGAGCAAAUAAGCAAGCAGAUACAUGUUAUGCAUUCUGGUGUCUAAAUUCCCUAUCCAUUCUGGACUCUGCUGGGUUAAUAGACACGGAACAAAUAAAAGAAUAUCUAUUAUUACAAACUCAAAAUAAACUUGUAGGAGGCUUCGGAAAGGACAAUGAAUCAGAUCCUGAUUUAUAUCAUUCUUACCUUGGAAUUGCUGCGUUAUCUUUAAUAGAUGGAACUUUUGAUGGUAUUCUAUGCAUUACUAAACAGUGUCGUGAUCAAUGGGUUAAUUCUAAAAGUUAA